AUGAGCCGUCAAUUCACGUACAAGUCAGGAGCUCCCACCAAGGGAGGCUUCAGUGGCUGCUCAGCCGUGCUCUCUGGGAGUCCCAGCAGCUCAUCUUCCUACUGGGCAGGGGGCAAAGGACUCCAGGGGGGUUUUGGCAGUCGGAGUCUCUAUAGCCUGAGAGGAACUAGAAGCAUCUCUCUCAGUGUGGCUGGUGGGAGUGGGCGGAGUGGGGGCUACGGUUUCGCCCGGAGUCGGGCCAGCGGCUUUGCUGGGAGCAUCUUUGGCAGUGUCUCCCUGGGUCCUGUGUGCCCAGCAAUGUGCCCACCAGGAGGCAUCCACCAAGUCACCAUCAAUAAGAGCCUCUUGGCUCCCCUCAACGUGGAGCUGGACCCUGAGAUCCAGAAAGUGAGGACCCAGGAGCGCGAGCAGAUCAAGGCUCUCAACAAUAAGUUUGCCUGUUUCAUUGAUAAGGUGCGGUUCCUGGAGCAGCAGAACCAAGUGCUGGAGACCAAGUGGAACUUGCUGCAGCAGCUGGACCUGAGCAACUGCAAGAGGAAUUUAGAGCCUAUUUAUGAGGGUUACAUCAACAAUCUGCAGAGGCAGCUGGAGACCCUGUCAGGGGAUAGGGUGAGACUGGAUUCCGAGCUGAGGAACAUGAGGGACCUCGUGGAGGACUUCAAGAAGAGGUAUGAAGAAGAAAUCAAUAAACGGACAACAGCAGAGAAUGAGUUUGUGGUGCUCAAAAAGGAUGUGGAUGCUGCUUACACAAAUAAGGUGGAGCUGCAGGCUAAAGUGGAAUCCCUAGAUGGUGAAGUAAAAUUCCUUAAGUGCCUGUAUGAAGGAGAGAUAGCCCAGAUCCAGUCGCACAUCAGUGACACGUCUGUCAUCCUCUCCAUGGACAAUAACCGAAACCUGGACCUGGGCAGCAUCAUUGAUGAAGUCAGGAGCCAGUAUGAGGAGACCGCCAUGAAGAGCAAGACUGAGGCUGAGAACUUGUACCAGUCCAAGUUCCAGGAGUUGCAGCUGGCAGCCAGCCGGCAUGGGGAUGAUCUCAACCACACCAAGAAUGAGAUCUCAGAGCUGAGCCGGCUCAUCCAGAGACUUCGCUCAGAGAUUGAGAAUGUGAAGAAGCAGUGCUCCAACCUCGAGACAGCCAUUGCAGAUGCUGAGCAGAGGGGUGACUGUGCCCUGAAAGAUGCCAGGGCCAAGCUGGAUGAACUGGAGGGUGCCCUGCAUAGUGCCAAGGAGGAGCUGGCCCGCCUGCUACGGGACUACCAGGAGCUGAUGAGUACCAAGCUUGCCCUGGACAUUGAGAUCGCAACCUACAGGAAACUACUGGAAGGCGAGGAGUGCAGGAUGUCUGGAGAGUUCACCAACUCUGUGAGCAUCUCUGUGAUCAGCAGCACCAUGGCUGGGAAUGCCAGCACAGGGACUGGAUUUGGGCUCAGCGGUGCCAGCUCGUAUGGCUUCCGGCCCAGCUCAGUGAGUGGUGGCUAUGGAAACCUCAGUGGAGGAUGUGUUGUUGGCAGCGGAGCUUGCAGCCCAAGGGGGGAAUCCAAGACCCAACUGGGCAGUGCCAACGAAUACAAGGACACCCUUGGGAAGUCUUUGGCUUUGAGCUCACCCACCAAGAAAAUGACAAGAUAAAUAGCCUAGAGCCAGGCUGCCUUUGGAUGCUUUGAGGGUCUGUUCUUUAUGGGUCUCUCCUGCACCAACCUGAGGAGAUUGAUGUUUCCCCUAAUUUCCUCUUAAUUCACUUCUCCAAGAAGUUCCUUGCCUCUUUAGAAUCCUCUCCUUCCUUUUCUUUGCCACUGAAAUGUCCUCCAUCUUUGGGCUCUCUACCUUUUUCUUGCUAGAGACCCACAGAUUUUUAGGACUAGAGGUUGCCUUGCCUGCCCCCCUGUCUCCACCCAGCACUCACUUCUAAAAGAAAUGCUUCCAUGUUCAUCAGCCCUCUAGAGAAGAAUAUUCCACAGCUUGCAACAUUGCUGCCAACCUGGGACUUUAGAGAAAAAGGGAAGUCCUCCCUCAGGGCUAAUUCCAGUUCUUGCUGCUGCAGCUUCCAUCCUGCUCAUUCAUUGGGUACCCUGUUCUCCCUCCCAAGGGAAUGUCUAUUGUUACCCCGAAGAAGCUGAGUUCUACCCAGCCACCUCGAUUCAAUGAUGACUUUUAUCAAGUGCAAGGAUGUGGGCUUUUCUUUUCUCCCCCCUGCUCUUUCUUUUGGCCUGGCUGGGUGGAAGGGGAAUUUUUUUUUCCAGAGUGAGAUGAAGUCCCUGAUGGAAGGAGGUAGUUUCCAGAAAGGCGAGCUGAUAGCAAAGUCCUUGAAUGCAGGGAGGGAGAGGGCUCAGCUGUUAAUUGCCUUCCUUUUCUGAGAUGUGAAUACUCCAAGAGAUACAAGGGGCAGCUCAGAAUGGUGGUGGAUGGCUCUAGUGGAUGAGUUUUCUCAGAGAGGAUUGUAAACAAAAGACCAUAUGCAAUUGUACAUGUGACUUCAUGGUGUUGUUCACUCCUUGCUGCCUGGCCUCUCUGUUCACUAUUUUUUUUUUCUCUCUGUGUCCCUCCAAUAAACUUGACAAAUUUACUGUG